GUACUGUUAGUUACGUGGCCUAACCUUUCGUUCAAUGCGAAGGCAGUGGGGCGCUCCUCGCCGACUUUCUCGCGGGCACCCGAAGACAAAUGCUGUUAAAAGGUCAUCAUAUAAAACGGAGGACAAUGCCACUGCCGACAGUGUGGACUCUCAGGCGUUCACUGACUCGGAAGGUGCCCUUUCGGCCUCGAAUGAGGCACGGUUCUUACGAGCCAAGACUAAUGAUGUCAUGGACAGACGAUAUGGCUUCGAGCCCUUUUUAGGCCCAGGGGAGCGUAUUGGGUGGUUGCUAAACAUGCAUCCAACAGACACGCUGGAUGAUGCAAAGCGAUUGGUGUCAGCUGUUAGUUUGUACUUUAUUCAAGAAAACGGCACUCGAUUUAAAGUCACGCGACCCUAUCUGCCGUAUUUUUUCUUAUCAGUCCGUGGCGGAUCAGCAUGUGAGCGGGAUGCAACAACAUUCCUAUUUCGGAAAUAUGGCGGCCGACUAGCUAGCAUUGAUGUGGUUCAGAAGGAGGACCUAGACCUUCCAAAUCAUUUGGUUGGGCUCAAAGGCACUUACUUGAAACUCAUAUUCUACAGUGUGGAUGAACUAGUUGCUGUCCGUCGAGAGCUAGCUACUCGAGUACGCUCAAAUCGUGAACUUGCGAGCUCAGCUUCCACCUACACCGAUAUGUUAGCUGAACACUUUGCAAGCAGUUCAGAGCCUACGAAAAACCCGUCUUCAUUGGAAUCAGGAGGGUCUUCAGGAGUUAGAGGCGAUCCUUUGGAUAACAUAAUUGAUAUUCGUGAGGCCGAUGUCCCUUAUCUUAUGCGAGUUUGCAUCGAUUUAAACAUCUUCGCUGGAUGCUGGUACAUGACUAAAUGUCGCCCUGGGCUUCCUGCCGAAUUGAUAAAGCAGGAGGAUGCGAUAGCUUGGCCAGAGCCCGUAGUGCUGGCUUUCGACAUAGAAACAACUAAACUUCCCCUGAAGUUUCCUGAUUCUUCAGUUGAUCAGAUCAUGAUGAUAUCAUACAUGCUUGACGGUUCUGGAUAUCUGUUGUGUAACCGCGAUAUCAUUUCAGAAGACAUUGAAGAUUUUGACUUUACACCUAGACCUGAAUUUCCCGGUCACUUCGUGGUCCGCAAUCUUCCAACUGAAUUGGAUUGCAUUACCGUCUUUUUUGAGCAUAUUCAGCGCGUACAGCCAAACGUGAUUGUUACGUACAACGGAGACAUGUUUGAUUGGCCUUUCGUUGAAGCCCGCGCGGCCUUCUACGGUAUUUCUAUGUCGGAAGAAAUUGCUUUCUCUCGACAUAAGGGUACUCCUGGACCUGGGCGCAGUGGUACUUCCGGGGAGUACUUGUCUAGGCCUGUGGUGCAUAUUGACUGUCUUUGCUGGGUGAAGCGUGAUAGCUAUCUUCCUGUUGGCGCAAGAGGACUAAAGGCAGUUGCUAAGGCAAAGUUGAGGUACGACCCCAUCGAAGUCGAUCCUGAGUCAAUGUGCCGAAUGGCCCGCGAAACUCCAAGGGAGCUGGCAAACUACUCGGUCUCGGAUGCGGUUGCAACAUACUAUUUAUACAUGAAGUACGUACAUCCUUUUGUCUUCGCGUUGUGCACCAUUAUUCCACUCAACCCGGACGAUGUUUUGCGGAAAGGUUCUGGUACUCUUUGUGAGGCACUCUUAAUGGUACAAGCUUACAUAGCGAAUGUUAUUUUCCCACACAAACAAGGUGCUGGCGACUCGGCACUCGAUAGUCUGCUUUUUGGUGGGUCAAGCGCUGCAAACCGUUUUACCGAAGAUGGAAAGUUGAUCGACUCGGAAACUUAUGUUGGUGGUCAUGUGGAAGCCUUGGAAGCUGGCGUUUUCCGUGCGGAUAUUCCUGUGCGAUUUCGCCUGGUUCCAGCAACCAUUGAGCGGUUAAGAAACGACGUACAGCGCUGCCUUAAACGCGCACUGCAAUCGGAGGUUGGAGCAGAUGAUGAAGAGGCUUUGAACAGCUUGGUCCCAAAGGACAAUUUCCUUAAAGUGUGUCAGCAGGUGGAGGAUACCCUAGCUCAGUUGGCAGCUGCUCCGAAUCGCAUCGAAUGUCCUGUCAUUUACCACCUGGAUGUGGGUGCUAUGUAUCCGAAUAUUAUAUUGACGAACCGCCUACAGCCAUCAGCGGUUGAUUCAGAUGCUACUGCUCGCUGUUCCAAUUGCCAUUUUUAUAAACCCGGCGUUUUAUGUCAACGUUUUAUGCCCUGGUCUUGGCGGGCUGAGUUGUGGACCGCCUCCCGACCGGAGGUUUAUCGCGUGCAAGCCCAGUUGGCUCAGGAGCGAUUUCCAGUCAAAUCAGUGGACUCCGACGGCCAGAUCAAGACUGUUCUCAAAGGUUACCAUGAAUUGUCAAGAGAAGAGCAGGAGGUUGUGGAGAAAAAACGCUUGACGGAUUUCUGUCGCAAAGCCUACAAACGCAUCCACAUUACUCGAACGGAAGAGCGCACGGCAAUGGUUUGUCAGCGAGAAAAUUCGUUUUAUGUGGAUACUGUUCGUGCAUUUCGCGAUCGACGCUACAAGUUUAAGGGUCUUACAAAAGUCUGGAAGCGACGUUUUGACGAGGCUUCCGCAGCGGUUUCCGCUGGCACAGGCGAUAGCAACGCGGUGAAGGAGGCCAACGCGAUGCUUGUACUCUAUGACAGUCUGCAAUUGGCACACAAAUGCAUUCUGAACUCCUUUUAUGGUUAUGUGAUGCGUCGAGGAGCCCGGUGGUAUUCUAUGGAAAUGGCUGGGAUUGUAUGUCACACUGGCGCAAAUAUCAUCACAAGGGCCAGAGAAGUUAUUGAGCAGAUAGGCCGUGCUUUGGAACUUGAUACAGAUGGCAUUUGGUGUAUUCUGCCUGCCAGUUUCCCUCAAAAUAUCGAUUUCAGGACAACCAACACCAAGUCUUCCCGUAUCUCCAUAUCUUAUCCUGGCGCCAUACUAAACAUGCUUGUUCAGGACUUAUUCACCAACGAUCAGUACCACGAACUAAUAAAUCCGGCGAACAUGACAUACAGAGUUCGCUCGGAAAAUUCCAUAUUUUUCGAAGUAGACGGUCCCUAUAGAGCGAUGGUACUUCCAGCUGCCAAAGAAGAAGGGAAGCGUUUAAAAAAGCGAUACGCCGUGUUCAACUUCGAUGGUAGUUUGGCAGAGCUGAAAGGGUUUGAGAUAAAACGAAACGGGGAAUUACAAUUGAUCAAAAUCUUUCAAUCCUCCGUGUUCGAAGCGUUCCUCCGCGGUAAGACCCUGACUGAAGUCUACUCCUCUGUGGCUAGAGUCGCCGAUCAUUGGCUAGACGUACUGUACUCAAAGGGCUCAGAUAUGCCAGAUUCUGAGCUGUUCGAUCUAAUUGCCGAAAACAGAAGUAUGUCUAAACGAUUGGAGGAUUAUGGUGCCCAAAAAUCAACAUCAUUGAGCACUGCUCGACGUAUGGCAGAAUUUCUGGGUGAACAGAUAGUGAAAGAUGCUGGUCUCUCCUGUCGUUACGUCAUUUCCAAGCGACCUGAUGGUGCCCCAGUGACUGAACGAGCUAUACCCCUUGCAAUCUUUCAGGCAGAGCCCGCCGUCAAGCGUCACUAUCUCCGAAAGUGGCUUAAAGAUUCUAACUUGGAUGCUGAUACUGACCUGCGCGAUAUUUUGGACUGGUCGUAUUAUCUCGAACGCCUGGGUAGCGCUAUUCAGAAAAUUAUCACCAUCCCAGCCGCGAUUCAGCAACUUCCAAAUCCAGUUCCACGCGUAAGCUACCCGGAUUGGCUGCUUCGUCGUCUAGCCGAUAAGACAGAUACUUACAAGCAACAGAGGCUCACCGACAUGUUUGCUCCCGGAGCGACCAGCUGUAAGACCACUACCACUUCCUCUGCUGUUCGCGAUAUUGAAGAAUUGUCUUCUGGAGGAGAUGGGGGAAAUUCCACACACACAGACAUCAUACGUCAUCACCAACCAAAUAUGCUCGGUGUGUCUCUUAAACGUCCGUUGACUGAAGCAUCUGGGCCCCCCAAACAUUGGCGUGAACAACUUGGCGACCCUCCACGGUGGCAAGAUAUCACUACCAGGGAGUCGUUACUCGUUUGGUUGGCUUUCCAUAGAAACAAAUGGAGAAUCCAGGCAGAAAAAAGACGGUACCUUUUAAAGCAUCGGUCGCAACUGAAGGAAACCGUUCCAUUUCAUGAACACCUACACGAUACGGUCGCAAACGCAACAAAACGACAGCGUGGGAUGGCGCGGUAUUUAAGCCACACUCGCCUAACGUUGUUGAACUCAAUCUGGCAGAUCAUCGAAGCAUGCCCAGAUCCAAAUCAACCUGGCCGGUUUAAUUUGUGGGUCUCUGUCAGUGUUGCGGAUUCGUCCUCUGCACCUGCUUUGCACAUGGUGACUGUGCUUGUUCCCAGACGGUUUUAUGUCAACUUGCGCACACCCAAAUCUCAAGAUUCCGGUCCGUUGUAUCGGAAAGUUGCCGGUUCUUCAACCUCUCAAAGUGUAAAUGUAUCUAACGCUGUAAGCGGUCGCAUCCUACCCCGCAGCCAUUCUGUCCACCAUCUUUACGAAUAUAGCGUGCCUGAAGAGUUAUACGUCGUCCACGCGGCGGAAAUCGCUACCGACCUUGCAAGACCGGAUAUCGAAGGAGUAUACGAACUGAAUAUACCACCAUUGUUCCGCCUACUGGUACAGUUGGGUUGCUUGUGCAGUAUUGACAAAGAGGCACUCAAAGAAGAUCAUUUCUCCGGUACUUCCGUUGAGGAUGCUGUGUUUCAUCUGGACCAACUUCGUUUCCGUUCCAUGGCCCAGCAUCCUUAUCUAUCUGAUCACAACUUUCGGCGGUUAUUCUUGUUUCACUACCAGCAACCUUCGCUUGGAGGGAAUACCUCGAGACGCGAGGCUGUGCGUCAGCUUUAUCUUCUCGUCGUCCCUUGGACUUCCACAGCCUACAUAUGCCUGGUUGACAGUGCGAGGGUAAAUCAGCUGCCUGAAUUGAAUAGUCUUUACCAGAAACAACGCAGGAAGCUUCUUUCGAAAGCGCCGGACGCUGCAUUCCCACCGGCGACCCUCGAGUUUGAAAUACGUGUGGAAACCGAUGUAUCGAACGCGCGGCGUGUUGUCCAACGUUGGCUCAGCGAAGUUCGACAGGGCAAACACGGUCAGCCGGAGCAGACCACUGUGCUCGGUCAAACUGUGUCGGCCACUGCGACUACACCGAUUGUCGUACUCCUACAUGCGUCCGCACGGCCUUCACAACAGCAGUCAUCGGCCGCCUGCGAAACGAGUGAGAUCCGCUGGUCGCUUGGUGAAACGAUCACAGCUCGUCGUCGCACACCCCAACUGACGGCGUUGUCCGGCUUUCCAGUCAUACCUCUUGGUGGCACAUUGGACGAAUCGGAGGCACAAAUGGGCGAGGAUGUAGACCUCAACACAGAUGCUUACAGCCUACUUAAUUGGCAACAAACAACUGUGAAAAGAGGUUUGCGAUUCUUCAUUCAGUCCGAGGCUCGCUUUGAGCGUCAGCUAGAGUUGGCACGGUACUUACACGUUCCUGUGGCGAAUCUUCCGGUCCCCGAAGCGCCUGCGCCCAUUGUCCUCCACCCAGACCCCAGUGAGGACCCUCAACUUCCCGCAAGCCCAGUUUCAGCGAUCGAACUCGGCUGCGACUUGUUCUAUGCCCGCCAUUUGUACAAACAUAAUCACGUCCUCUGGUGCUCCCCUUCCGGCUGUCCAGACCUCGGCGGCAAGGAAACCGAUGAUCAGCGUCUCCUCUUAGAAAUGGAAGAGUCUGGAGUUACUGAAAUUAAUCACCCUGGCAGUUAUCCACAUGUAACCGUGGAGCUGGAACUAUCCAAUCUGGCCGUGAACACCUUGAUUGUGGCGAAUCGUAUCCCCGAGUUGGAGGGCGCAACCUUGUUGUCCUUCGACCGGUUAUCAGCCACGGAUCGACCCAUUGAAGAACAAAUUAACAAGGGCAUGAAUCUCGGUGUCAAUAUUACCUCUUACGAUGAGACCGCAGCGUGUUCGGCCGCAUUUCGUGUGCUUCGCACGAUGGUCAUUGGUUGGGUUCGCGACGUAACUCAAUAUCAAAAUCCAUUGGCUGAUGAACAAAUCAUAUAUUUCUAUCAGUGGCUACGCUCACCCCGCUCGUUGCUGUACGAUCCGGCGCUGCGCCGUACUGUACAGAAGCUGAUGAAAAAGGUGUUCCUCAAGCUAGUGGAUGAGCUGAACCAUCUCUCAGUGGAUGUGGUUUUCGCUAAUUUCAAUCGACUGCUCGUUGCCACUCGACGUAUGGAAUUGCCCGAGGCGUUGGCACGUGUGGAUCAUUUCACAAAACUUCUGCGUACCCGAUCUGGGACUCUUUUCACUCAUCUUGAUCUGCAAUAUGUGAUGAGUUGGCGUCAACUCUUCUGGAUGGACCCAUUCAACUAUGCCGGUAUCAAGGCUAAUGUCGACAAUCUGGUCGACGGGAAAGAUGUCGAAUGGGGUGAGAGCGAUGAACCGGACGCAAGUGCGGAUACAGUCCGUACCAGCAACUCGGCUGGGCUCACUUCUUCAGCCGAGGCACUCCCCGAGCCUGAAUUGGAUAUGCACUGGCAUAUUUCUCGCUAUCUUCCUGAGACCAGAGGACUUCGCGGGAAAUUCUUAACUUUGUUGGCGGGCUACCUGUUGUCUGUCUAUGUCGCUGUUCGAACGGAACACAGACGCCUCCGUAACUUUGCUGCCUCACAAUCCAACGACAUCCGUGGUCGAAAUGCUGAUCCGCUACAACGCUCUGUCGACGCCUCUGAAUCGGACCGUGGCCAACCUGAACCAUCAACGAAUCCAAUUCAGUCCGAUGCUUCUGUUUCUCCUAGCGUGCUGGAAUUUGUCGAACAGCUCAUUCGUAACAAAUUGGCUCCUGAGCUAUACACGCUCGUCCAGCGCCUACAUCGAAAGGCAGCGUGGAUAGACCCUGGAUUGAUUCAAAAAGGUGUGCCUCGGAGUAGCUACUCACACGCCCUUCUGAGUCACCGCUUGGAAGUGUUAUCGGCCUACUUGGCUGAGAAACCAAUCCGGCACGAUUCGAUCGAUACAGUGUCUGGUGUGGAAUCGACUUUUCUGCUUCCACUGCUCCCGCCACACCCCUCUUUAGUGUCAAUGUCAUUUACCCCAUUGUUGGAUUUCAUAAAGGCUAUUUGCGAGAUUCUCAGUCUGGAAACGUCCACACGACGACAAGUGCUUGGCGUCCGUCGUGAUCUACUUCGCUUGAUCGGAGUGGGCGAAUUCUCUCCCGAGGCCACUUGGGUGCCUCCGCAUUUAGCGCUUGAUCUACCCCUGUCUGAACAACACAAUUCCAGUCUGCGAUCUUUGGCCACUAUGCGUUCACUGUUAGUCUACCUACCGGAGGUGGCCUGCCCAACUUGUAACUUCACUCGCGAUAUUGAUGCCUGUCGUGAUACGUAUUUAGUCAACCUGGUGGAUAACACCGUUGUGGUGAAUGGCGAGUCUUCAAGUCAUUGGGUGUGGAUAUGCCCACAUUGUCGGACAAUCUAUCCGAAAAACCGACUGGAAGACGCUCUGGUCCAACAGUUGGAGCAAAUCGCCUUACAGCAUUGUCUCCAGGACCUUCAAUGCCCAAAGUGCCUUGUAGGAGGUGGGAUACAAGAGACAAUGCUAGCCAUGGGAGGCUCCUCGGGUAACUGUUCCAGUUGUGCCAGCCCCCUCUCUCUGACCGUUACCGCGGGAACUGCGUUCUAUCGUCGUCUUGCGACUUAUCAGGCCAUCGGCUCGCAGUUCGGUUUUGCAUACCUCGAACACAUGGCUCAAUGGCUGCUUUGCAGUAGUGUUGAAACCGGUCCUCUCCAAUCUGCAUGAGAACCCGUUAAUUGCCUUUCACAGAAGCACUAUUCAAAUGCAUUUUAUUUUUCUACUAUUUUUGUCAGUCCACCUAGAUGUACACUACGAAGAUUUUUGAUAGAAUAUUUGUCUUUUGAUC